UCCAAACACUGUGGGAGUGGCUUUUCCCUAUGUCGAAGCUACCCCUUUCAGAGAGGAGGCGUCAUUCAAUUAUAAAAACAGAUGACCUGAUAACCACAUAAGGACUCGGCAUUGAGCUGCUGAGCCAAGUGGGAGACGGACUUUCAUAAUAGAAACCAGGCGACUCUAUCAUGGCAGGGAAGCCCAGGCUUCACUACUUCAAUGGACGAGGCCGAAUGGAGUCCAUCCGUUGGCUCCUGGCUGCAGCUGGAAUAGAGUUUGAAGAGCAAUUUAUAGAAACUCCAGAAGACUUGGACAAGUUAAGAAACGAUGGCAGCUUGAUGUUCCAGCAAGUGCCAAUGGUCGAAAUUGAUGGGAUGAAGCUGGUACAGUCCAGAGCCAUUCUCAACUACAUUGCCACCAAAUACAACCUCUACGGGAGAGACAUAAAGGAGAGAGCCCUGAUUGAUAUGUAUACGGAAGGUAUGGCAGAUUUGACUGAAAUGAUUAUGCAUUUACCACUAUGCCCACCUGGUGAAAAAGAUGCCAAGAUCAGCCUGAUCAAAGAGAAAACAACAAAUCGUUAUCUCCUUGCCUUUGAAAAAGUGUUGAAGAGCCACGGACAAGACUACCUGGUUGGCAACAGGCUGAGCAAGGCAGACAUUCUCCUGGUGGAACUUCUCUACAGUGUGGAAGAGCUUGACCCCAGCCUUCUGGCCAAAUUCCCUCUGCUGAAGGUGAUCUCUCACUCCUCUCAGGGCCUGAGAACCAGGAUCAGCAACCUCCCGACCGUGAAGAAGUUCCUCCAACCUGGCAGCGCAAGGAAGCCACCCCUGGAUGAGAAAAGUUUAGCAGAAGCCAAAAAGAUUUUCAGGCUUCCAUAAAGCAGGCAUGGAUGCCCAGCAUAUACAGGACCAAUCUUCUCAAGUUUUCCAAUAAUGAGGUGUUCUUUCUAGAUGUAGAUCCUGGCUCUUGUGAGAAUAAUAAGCUUUUCCAAAGUGUCAGUGCUAAUUUAAUCUUUAAGUCAAUUUGGCAGCUAUACUUUCAGAGCAGUCUAUUUUGUUUUGGUCAAAUGUGAAAUCAUGAUCACCUCUUAGGAUGUGUCUUCAACUUAAAAAUAAAUAAAAGGAGAAAAAUUUU